UCACGUUUCCGCUUUUUCAACGAGGCGCUAUCGCCGUUGGUAUCUGUUUUUGACGGCAUCGUGUGAUAGGGCAGCAACUGACGUCUGACCUUUUCUGGGGGAUCUCGGCGAGAAAUCAAUGCUGUGAUGUCGAGAAUGGAAUCAAACAGCCCAAGCUUCGCACGCCCAGUCCAGUCGCCAAUUGCGACUAAGCGGAAGAAAUUUUGGCGGAGUCGCAAAAAAAGUUACAGUGGGGCCGGUUGCUUAUCGCCGAUAAGCACGAGCCAAUCCCUGUCCCUGAGACAAAGAUUUGCGGCAACUUUCAGAGGUCUCGGCAGGCGUCGCGACAACUUCAGCGCAUCCAUCCACUUUCUGCCCAGUCAUCACUGACCGACACUUUUCCGGCAUCUCCCACCGCAAAACCCAGGGCUCCCAAUACAUCAACUUCUCCGGCUUCAGAAACAUCUUCCGGAACACCCUUUCACAUUAGACUCCACCCGAGCUCGACGCGCAUCUAUCUACACUCUCGACAAAAUGAUUAUUCCGGUUCGCUGCUUCUCAUGUGGCAAGGUCGUGGGUGACCUUUGGGAAAAGUUCGUUGUCUUGAUCGAGGACAGAGGGCUCGCCGAUGGAGAGGCCCUUGAUGAGCUCGGCUGCAAGCGCUACUGCUGCCGUCGCAUGGUCAUGACCCACGUUGACUUGAUCGAGAAGCUUCUGAAGUACACUCCCGAUGGCCGCAACAGCAAGAAGCUCAGCAUGGCCAAUCCUGGUCACAUGGAAUAAUAGACAACACCCGUUUAGAUGCAUUUUCGUCCGGCGUUAUGGGUUGGUUAUACAGGCAGCAGGGGCAUACUGGUCUCAACCAUUUUAUUUGGGGGCGGGAAAAAGAUUGUUUUUAUGAGGAUGAGGCGUCAGGGUUGACUUGCUUUGGAUGCGCGAGGGCGGCGGCAGCAUGAUUUUAAAAUGUUUCGGCAGAGAACCUCGAGAAAUGUUUUGGUGAAGAAUGGUAAAAGCGGACGACAGUUUCACGCACAUGGACUUGGCCGGCGCUCAACUAAGGGAAUAGAGCAGACAUACUGUCAAUUUUAUUUGCCGUGCAAUG